UUGACUUGUCUUCCCCUUCGUCCAAGUCUUCGAAGCCGGUAACCAUGGAGGUCGGAGAAGUCCUAUCUCGAGUGACUGGUAAUUGAGGUUUAGAAGCAUUGGUGAUUUAUUUGGCGGUUUUGAUAUCAAUAUGGGAAAAAUGUAUAAGUUUAGGGCUUAAAUUGUGAUUUAUCUGGCGGUUGGCUUAGACGAUAUGUUGACCCGCGCCGGACACCAGACCAUCUUUCGUCUUUACUCGUAAGUUUUCCUCCCUCCUUUCAAAAUCAUUUCUUUCCCUUUUUGUUCUUUCUAAAAAGAAAAACUUUAUCCCGAGCCGGUAACUUUCUCCGGUCAACUCUUGCACCAAUACGCUUCCUUGGUCGUCCCCAAUCUUCCGAUAGAAAGAUAAUUAGAGAUUGGAGAAUCGGAGAGAAAAUUCAAAAAGAUGGAAGAUGAUUCCUUGCAAACAUCCCUGAAAUGGCUACACGGUGUUCUACGAGGUAAAAUAGGCCACGGAUUGGAUACCAGGGUCCUCGAAGGGCUGCGUGUUGUCCAUGCUGAAAAGGGGUUUAUGCGAUUUGAUUUAGUUGUUCCAAAUGGUGUCUCGGAUGUUGAUGGAAACUGGCAUGUUGGAGCUCUAGCUUCAUUGCUCGACCUCCUCGGAGGCGUUGCCAUUUUCUCGUUUGCCAAUCGUAUAAUCAGUUCAGUCGAUUUCAACGUUUCGUAUUAUUCAACAGCUAAGAUUCAAGAACAUGUAGAGAUAGAAUCAAAGGUUACCGCAAACAGAGGAAAGCUUUUACAUGUGGUGGUUGAAGUUAAAAGGAAAGGGAAUGGAGAGGUAAUUGCUGUAGGUAAACAAUGGAUGGCUUCGAAUAAACUCACUGUUGCUCAACUGAGCAAUCUUUGACGACUUAAACCAUGUUAACUGAACUGUGUUGAUUUCUUAUCAUC